AUGAUAAUAAUUAUAUCAAGUGUAAUAAUAUACUUACUAUCAGUUGGAACUGCUUUAUAUGACACAAAUAAUAUAUAUUUGUAAAGAGAAGAUAAUAAAGGGUUAAAAAGGCGCUUUAAUUGUAAUUUGGAUGAUAAUUCGAUAAUUUAUUUUGAAGGGAACGAUUCAUAUGUUCUUCAAUAUUUUACAACACCUUAGCAUACUUGGUUAAGAUUAGAAGUGGUUUUAUAUGUGUAUAUUAAAUUUUUGAGUAAGGAUUAGAGAGAGCAAGACUAAUUAGUUAGAAGUGUAUAUCGAUAAUAAUUUGGUUUUAUCAAAUAAAACAUAACCAUAAUAAGGUGUGCAAUACUGUUAAAAUAUGAAGAGCAAUUAUUUUAAUAAUAUGAAUAUGAUAAAUUAUAAAAUAGAAAUACAACAUAGUGGAAAUAAUGUAUUAAUAAUUUUUGUAGGUAAAAUGAGUGAGGGGGUAAUAUUGUAAAAUAUUAUUAAAAGUGGGGAAUAAGUAAUCUUACAUUAUCUGUGUAAAAAUGUCCGGAUGGAUGUGUAAUAUGUGGUGAUGGGGACAGAUAAGAUUAAUGUUAGGUUUGGUUAUUUGGUUUUAAAAAUUUGGAAUUGAGAAAGUAUUAGGAAUUGAAUAUAGACGGUUGGAAUGUGGAGAAUGGUAAAAAUUAAACUUCAAUUUGUGGUAUAUGAAUGAGAUGUUGAUUGAUAGGUAUUGAGGUGUAUGGAGGUUAUAACAAUUUUGGAUCAAAAACAAUAUUAAGUAAAUAGUUUAUAAUGAAACCACACUUUAAAGUUCGAAUAUAAGUGUAAUGGGUAAAGAUUGAUUCAUGGGAUAAUGAAUAAGGAUAGAUGUUAGUAGAUGGAACGGUUGUGUGGAAGAAUAAUUAUACUAAUUCUGAUGAAUAUGGAAUAAAAGUUUGUGGAAAUCUUAAUGAAAAUUAUAAAACAGUUUAUUAAAAUAUUGAUAUAACAGUAGAUCAUACAGGCAAGUAUAUGUUAUUAUAAUUUAAAUCAACACUUGAUUAAGCAGCAGAUGAUGAAUCUUUUGGAUUAACAGAUUUAUAUAUAUAUUAUUUACCAUGUGCUGAUUAAUGUGAUGAAUGUUCUGGUCCUUAAAUUUAAGAUUGUAUAAGUAAUAUUUCAGAGUUAAUUUAGAAUGUUCUAAUAAUUAAUUUUAUGAUUCUGGUUAAUGUUAUAACAUUUAGAAUUUUGUAGAAUUAGAAUCUGAUUUUAUGUCUAUCCUAUUUAAUAAUCUAAAUGAUUGGAAAGUAUAUGGAAGUUAAAAGGAAAAUUUUAUUACAGAUUGUGCAGGAUUUAGUCUAGUUGGAGGAUUUGAAGUUAUGGGUAAUGGAGGAUAUAUUACGAAAAAAUUUUAAAUUCCACCUCAUACUAGAUUAAGAUUAUAGGUUUUACUAUAUAAAAUAGAUUCUUGGGAUGAUGAGAAAUUUAUAAUUGAAGUUGAUGAUGCUUAAAUUUGGACUCAUAGUUGGUUUGUAGAUACAGAUUCCUAUUAUUGUGGUCAAAUGUGGGCUGAUUCCAAAAUAUUUGUAGAUGUUAUAUUUUAACAUACUAAUCAAGAAGCUACGAUCAAAUUUACUACCACUCUAAAUCAAGAUGCUGUUGAUGGUUUUAUUAUAUUCUAUUUCAUUAGAAUCAUGGGGUUUCCGUGAAUUCAAUUUAAUGUAUGAAUCAGUUCCAGUCAUAGAAUUAAUAUCUAGUGCUACAUAAAUCUUUAAUUUAGUAUUAUUAAUAUUUUUUAUUUAUUUUUGA